ACUAGGAUCAGUUUCCAGUGAAGAGGUUCGGAUGAGACUUGUUGAGGAGCCAAUAAACCUAGGAAAUCAACAAUGGAAUGCACCAUCCCAGCCUAAAACACUUGUUCCAAAAGUUCAGUUUUCAAAUUUUUCAGGUCCGCCACAUUUACAGAGAUUAAAAGGAAAAUGCUUUUCAUUUGUACAAAAUGAUUACAAGUAUGAAUUAUGUCCUUUUCAAAAUGUUACGCAACAUGAGCAGAGUUUAAGAUGGAAUCCAUACAGUGGAAUUCUAGGGAUCUAUGAAGAAUGGGAAAUAGUUAAUAACACAUUCCAUGCCAUGGUAUUUAAAGACGGUGAUGAUUGCGGAGAAAAAACUAGACAAAUUAAAGUACAACUGAAAUGUGGUUCAAAGAAUGAGAUUGACUCCGUUGGGGAACCUGUUACGUGUGAAUAUGCCAUGACUUUCCUUACGCCACUGGUUUGCCAUGAACACUCAAUGCUUGUUUAUCCCAAUUUGGACGAAGACUUACAAGCCGAGUGGAAUGAGUUAGAAGGAAGGUUGUAUAGAGAAGAAGUCACCCAACAGGGCUAUAAGAAGAUGUUACAUAAAAUCUUUGAGUCUGCAGGAUUCGUUCUUAGCCCUAAUUUCAAGCCUAUUCCUGCCAAACAAGAUCAUGAGGCGCAUCCUGAUGAUUUCACAAGUCUUGAUACAUGUAAAGAUGAAUAUAGAAAACUCAAUGCUGAAGUCGAACGAUUGAAAACAGAGCUGGACUCAAGAAUGAACCAACCAGGAGCUGGUAUGUCGGUCCAUGAUUACGAGAAAGACAAGUAUGAUCUCUAUGAUGACCUGUAGAAGGCCAAGAGUUUCCUGUAAGAUGAGGAUUAUUUACAAAAAAUGACAAUCGAUCCGUUAGUUUCAACAUGUGAAGAAAAAAUGAAAUUUGAAGUCAGAUCUUUUUAUGUAAAUGUCCAGUCUUCAACAGAUUGGUCCUCAAAAGAGAGACCAAAUGAUAAGAUGAGAUCAGGGCUCCACCUUAUAAAGAGUUGCAAUUGAUCCGAUCAAUCGCAACUUUGGAAAGCCAGCAAAGUCAACAUAUGAAAUGCAUGUUUGUUUUAAAAAAAUUCUAGAUAUGAAUGUAUAUCCAUAAAUUCAUUGAUUUCUUGACAAUUUGGUGUGAUCUCCUUUGGUUACAAAGGACAUUUUUGCAAAUUUCCUGUAGAAAAAAUUGUGACACUGAUGGAUUUCCAUAGAGUUACGAUUGAUUGGAUCAAUCAUAACUCUUUGUAAGACGGGCCCCUGGGCUCCAUCUUACAAAGAGUUACGAUUGAUCCAAUCUACCUCUACUAUAUGGAAAUCCAUCGUCAUAAUUUUCCUACCGAAAUUUUGCACAAAGUCCUUUUGUAAACAAAGUGGAGUACAUCAUAUUUUUAAGACAACAAUGAAUGUAUGAACACACAUCAUAUCUAGAAAACAUUUUGAACAAACAUGCAUUGUAGAUGUUGACAUGGCUGACUUUCUAUAGUUGUGGUUAAUCGGAUCAAUCACAACUCUUUCUAAGACGGGGGCCCAGAUAUAUUAUAUCCCUUUUGUGGAUCUCCCUGGUACAUUUUACCACAAGAAGACUCAUCAUGCUGUAUAUCACUGGUGGGCAGAAAGAUCUUGCAUAUUUACUUUUGUGGAUUUUCUAAUGCAUUGCUAUUUUGUUGUCAUUCGAAUAGCAGUGAGUGGGCUUUCAUUACUUUAUGUCAUAUUUAUUGUACAUUGGAAUGGUCUUAAUUGUUUUGAGAACUUUAUACCAUGGUAGGUUGAUUUAGAUGAACAAGUUUCAUCUUGGUCUAUGUACAAUAUAAUUUUGAAAAGCAGCUUAAUGUGUGUGUUUGUGAUGAAACUCAAACAAAAUUAUAGUUUUAGUUCAUAAGUUAUGAAAGUUCAUCUUCGGCCAGACAAUUGCCAUUGAUAUUUUGUAUUUAGAGAUAAGUAAAAAGUCAAACUUGCUUUAAUACUUGAUGUAAGAUAAGUCAGACACAUCAAAUAAUCCUCUUAUAGGCCAGAAUUCACAAAGAUUUGUUAACUUUUCUUAAUCCAUGAGAUGUACAGGUUCUAUGGUAUAAAUGCAUUUGAUCCAGCUCACUCGUACAAUUUAAAAAGUCCAAUGAUUGCACUUGUUUCUGCAAAAUGUUCUACAGGGGCCGCGGAACCGGGGGGGGGGGGGGGGCUUCAGCCCCCCACUUUUUUCCAAAACCGUGUCCAAAAUGUAAAAUUUACCAUAUGAUUGUAAUUUUCAGCAUGGUCAGCCCCCCCACUUUGAAAACCGUUCCGCGGCACCUGGUACCAUUAUAGUUUUUGAAUUCACAAGUCAUCAGAAUUCAUUGAGAUAACUUGUGUGCUAUACUUUAAGGCAAUAAUACCUAACGAAGUAUAUUGUUAGUACACUGUAGAGAUUGGACUUGUAUGUUUCCUAUGGUGCAUGUAACUUGUUUUACUAAACCAUGCAAAACACAUGAAUACGCAUGGUAGUAAGAAUGAUUAUGACCAUUAAAAAAAAACCCAGUGCCAAACACAUUAAUUAGUGAAGGACUAUCAAUUUUGAUAAAUAGGUGACUAAAGAUCGUGCUAUGACUUUUUUAUCACUCUAAGGGAGAUACUAAUGAGAGAUUUCAUAGGUCGUAAUGUAUUCUACAGUCACACCGACUUCAAAAGGACUAAUGAUAUGCCAUUUAAAGUAAUUAGCUUUGAUUGGUUUGAAGUCUAGGUGUGACUGUGAUAAGCGGGUGUCAGGCUUACAUUUUCAAACUAACAGAGUGGAAGAUCAAUAUGAGAAUCAACCCUUUAUUUUAUUCCAUUUCAUGACUUAAUAUAUUGUGUGAUCUUUUUCCACAGCAGUGGAUGUAUGUUUUAAUCUGGAAUCCUGGAUUUUUUUCUGUGUUUUCGCCUGUUUUUUUAAUAUAUUCAUAUGCGGUAUAAACCUUAUGUGUUUCAUGGUGUUGAUGUGAUGCUUCAAAUUUCCUUAUCUAUGGCACAUGAUAGAAAGAGUGGGGUGUUUAACACAAACAAAAAUCAAUAUCAGUUCCCAAUACGCACUUCUAAUUGGUUUGAAAUCAAGUUGUGUUUGAUUUCUUGAGUUGUAUUUGAUUGCAACUCUUAUUGCAAUGUGCCCCAGAUCCUAUAAGGAAGUAGUCUAGAUUGGACGUUGGUGUACGGAAGCUCUUUUUCCCAAAGCUAACAUAGAGGGCCUCCCGACUCCCAAUCCCAUACCCAGUGCUAAUCCCCUCAUCUAACCUGGCACUGGGUUUCGAGUCUGGAGGCCCUCUAUGUCAGCUUUUGGAAAGGGAGCUUCCAUUCACCAAUGCCCUAUCAGGGGUCCGUUGCAGAAAGAGUUGCGUUUAAACGCAAGUAAAAAAAUCAAUCGCAAGUCCCAUAUGCGCGCUGUUGAUUAGUUGAAAAUCAAGUUGCGCAUGAUUUGUAGAGUUGCGCAUGAUUUGUAGAGUUGCGAUUGAUUGCAACUCUUUCUGCACUAAUACGGAAGGUUUGAGACUUCAAAUCAUUAUUUGUGAUAUAAUGCAUAUAUAUUUUGAAUAUGUAAAAUUGCUUAACUGAAAUGGAUGAAACGCUCAUUAUUAUGAGCUGUGUAUUUUUUCAUAUUUCUUUUUUUUUUUAAUUGUGGUGAUUAUAUGCGGUAAUAUGUAUGUAACUUGGGAGUAUGGUGAUUUAAUCAUUUAAUCAUGAAAUUUAUUUCAUAGUUAGAAUAUUGCAAUCUUAUUUUGAAAAUGAAUAUAAGAUUUUUGUGUAAAUCAAGGUAAAUUAAAAGUACUUUGUUAGACUUAAUAAGUUUAGAUGUAAACUAGCCAUUAAAAUUUUGUCACAUUUGAUAGGGGUUUCUAUAGGGGUGAAAUGUUUGACAGAUAUACCUUUGUAAGAUAUUGGUCAUCUUUGAGUAAAAUUGUAUAGAAAACGUAGGAAUUUACAGGAUUCAAGAAGUGUUAGUUGUGUGUCCUUGGGAUAAAGUUGAUUUAAAUUAAGUAAAUAAGAAUUAAUCAAGUAUAACAAUCAAGUGUAACAAUCAAAUGUCAACAAAAUUACGUAAGAAAGUGCUAUGAUUUUGAAGUUUACAUUGUUUUGUGAAAUUAUGGUGGGCAAAUGAGUAAGUUAAUGAUGUCAUCAGCAGAUCUUUAUUUUGGUACAUAAUAUUUUUGAUAUUUCAUUUUCAUAGAUUUAUGAGCUCCUCCUUGUUUUUGGCAUAAGUAACUGUGUGGAAGCAAUGAAUUUACACACUGACGGGCCAAACCAUGUCUUACCUAAAAUGAAAAGUUUUUUUUUACAUAAUCGAGAUUAACCUUUCUUUUACAUUUGUACUACAUUGAUGUUCAGUGUUGUUAUAGGACUCUUCAGAUGGCGAUCGAUGCGAUUGGCCUGAGUUGAAGUUGUUGCCAUAGUUCCCAGAGUGACAGCCUUAUUUUCUUGGAGCAGAAAAGUGAAAUAUUUAUGUUUUCUUAGAGUAAAUUACAAAGGUGGGCUUUUGGCACCAACACACCACUCAUUUGGACAGUGUCCCUUUUUUUUUUGGGGGGGGGGCUCAUAACGUAAGCUUCAAAAUGCUAGCAAGUUAUAUUACUUUGUAUUUUUUGUCUCAUGUCAGUUACUUUUUAGUGUUUUACUUGUUUAAUUCAACUCUUUAAAUCAUCUUGAACUCGGAGUGAAAAGUAUACAGUACAUUUAUGUAAUUUCGUUCAAGGUUUAAUAAAGCCCAUAAUGAUUUUGAUGGAUAUUCUUAGGUAUGGAGAGGGAUUUUGGAGUAGUUAUAUUUCUUAUUUAUUUGUAUUUAGAAAAUACAAGUGUAUCAGUAGUGACUCAAGUUUUUAUUCAUAAUGCUUUCUUAAUUGGUAUAAAAAGGAUACCCUGUAUGAGCAAUAUUUGCUCAGUUUUUAUGUUACAUAAGCCAUAGGAAGUUCAGAAAUAAAGAAGUAAAUUGUUCUUCAUACAG